GAACGCGUCCUCUCUCUCUCUUUGCAGCAACGACCUACGCAAGAAGGUUGUGAACGGGGCCAGCGCCGGAGUCAUCAUGUCACACCUUCCCAAACGGCCUCCUGUUGACAUCGAGUUCUCUGACCUGUCUUACUCCGUCCCGGAAGGCAGGAACAGAGGCUACAAGACCAUUCUGAAGGGCGUGAGCGGGAAGUUCAAAUCCGGCCGCCUCACCGCCAUCAUGGGGCCUUCAGGAGCUGGCAAAUCGACGCUGAUGAAUAUCACUGCCGGAUACAGGAUCAGCAACGUGGUAGGAACCAUCACGGUGAAUGGGCGAGAGCGUAACCUCCGCAAAUUCCGCAAGAUGUCGUGCUACAUCAUGCAGGACGAUCACCUCCACCCGCACCUGUCCGUCAUCGAGUCCAUGACCAUCUCCGCGAACCUCAAGCUUGGCGACCGCAUGAAGAGACAGCAGAAGGAGGAAGUUGUAAAUGAAAUCCUAGAGACGCUGAACCUGACAGAAUGCCGUGACACCCGCGCCAUAAGCUUGUCAGGAGGUCAGAGGAAGAGACUGUCAAUCGCCCUGGAGUUGGUCAAUAAUCCACCUGUCAUGUUCUUUGAUGAGCCCACAAGUGGUCUGGACAGCAGUAGCAGCUUCCAGUGCAUCAACCUGCUCAAGACGUUAGCCCAAGGUGGUCGCACCAUCAUCUGCACCAUCCACCAACCCUCGGCCAAGCUCUUUGAGAAGUUUGACUACCUGUACGCCCUGGCAGAAGGACAGUGCAUCUACCGAGGAGCCAUCCAUGGGCUAAUACCUUUCUUGGCAGCUAUGGGCUUGGAGUGUCCAUCGUACCAUAAUCCUGCAGAUUUCUUGAUGGAAGUUGCAUGUGGAGAGUAUGGAGAAUUCACUCACAAGUUGACAACAGCCGUCAGAUGUGGGAAGUGUGACAACCUUGGCCCAGACAACCACCUUGGAGUCCGGGCAAAGCAGCAUGUCAUAGCCCGAGAUCCAGAUGAUCACAGAGAGGCAGGAGGUGGUGGAGACCCAUUAAACAGCGGUGGAGGCGAAAACAGGACGGGUGAUACGAGAGUCAACCUUUCUUCCACACGGCACUCACUUCUCGCCUCUGAGGAUGAGAGCAUCGAUGACAUCCCCAAUUCAUUCCCUACUUCUGGAUGGAAGCAAUUCGUCAUUCUCUUCAAACGCACAUUCCUUUCUAUUAUUAGGGAUGGGAUGUUGACCAAGAUGCGUAUCUGCUCACAUACACUCAUUGGACUGCUGAUUGGACUCCUUUAUUAUAACAUCGGAAAUGAAGCAGGCAAAGUGUACAACAACUCUGGAUGUUUGUUCUUCUGCAUGUUAUUCCUGAUGUUUACUGCAAUGAUGCCCACCAUUCUCACGUUCCCUCUCGAGAUGAAUGUUUUCAUACGAGAACAUUUGAAUUACUGGUAUUCCCUGAAGUCAUACUACUUAGCCAAGACAAUGGCUGACAUGCCCUUCCAGGUGAUCUAUCCAUUACUGUACGUGUUACUGGUGUACUUUUUGACUGAUCAACCCCUAGAGGCGCACAGGUUCUUCAUGUUCACCACAAUGUGUAUCAUGACAUCGCUAGUGGCACAGUCUCUUGGCUUGGCCAUUGGUGCUUGUAUGAAUAUACAGGGUGCAGUGUUCCUGGGUCCUAUAACAUCCAUUCCUGUGUUGCUGUUCUCGGGAUUCUUUGCUAACUUCUCAACCAUUCCAAUAUAUCUAAGGUGGAUAACCUAUAUAUCUUAUGUAAGGUACGGGUUUGAAGGGACACUCCUCAGCAUAUACGGGUUUGACAGAAAGCCGCUACAUUGCUCGGAGGCUUAUUGCCACUACAAGUCUCCCAAAAAGUUUCUAGAAGAGAUGGACAUAGUGGGCGCAGAGUUCUGGAUAGACUUCGUAGUGCUCUUCUCCUUUUUCAUCAUCCUUCGAACAAUUGGCUACUUUGUGCUUAGGUGGAAACUUAAGGCUGAACGCUAGUGGAAAUUCCAUGUUUAUAUAUAUAUACAUAAAUAUAUAUUUAUCACCCUAA